AUGACUGGCGGAGUUUACGGGUCGAAAGGCUCGGGGCGGGGAGUUUCCGCGCGGCACCGGGAGCGGUUGCGGGAUGACGAGAGCGGGCGGGGGAGCAGGGGGAGCCACGGCAGCCGCGGGGAGUCGAGCGGGGGGAGCAACAGCGGCGGAAACGAGUCGUCCGUGAAUGGAGGGGCCAGUGCGUGGGCCAUAGACUUUACAGAGGUGGAGCUGGGUGAGCUAGUCGCCACGGGCUCGUUUGGCGUGGUGCACAGAGGCGUGUAUCGCGGGCAGCAAAUAGCCGUCAAGUUCUUGCUCUUCCCGGAAGCUAGUAGCGAGGAUGACUUGAAUCGGGCCAAGAGGGGGUUCCGGCAGGAGGUUGCGGUGUGGCACAAACUGCAGCACCCAAACGUCGUGCAGUUCCUAGGGGCGUACAUCAACCCGCCCAAGUGGGCCAUAGUGACGGAGUUCCUAGAGGGCGGCACAGUCAAGGGAUUCCUCGCGCGCAUCGGCAAGCAUCGACUGCCGCUCAAGCAGAUCAUCUCCAUGGCUCUUGAUAUCGCCAGGGGCAUGCAGUACCUGCACAGCUACAACGUGAUUCACCGCGACCUCAAGUCGGCGAAUCUGCUUCUGGCAUCAGACGCGAGUGUGAAGGUGGCGGAUUUUGGCCUGGCGCGCACAGAGGCACAGGAGCCGGGGAACAUGACUGCUGAGACGGGCACAAUCCGAUGGAUGGCGCCCGAGAUGAUCGAUCACAAGCCGUACACGCGCAAGGUGGACGUGUACAGCUACGGCAUCGUGCUGUGGGAGAUCUGCACGGCCCAGUGGCCCUUCGAAGGGCUCUCCUUUGUGCAACUCGCACACGCCAUCGUGGCUGAUGACCUGCGGCCGCCCAUAAAGGACUGCCCCAGCCAGCUGACGAAGCUCAUCACACGGUGUUGGGACAGGGACCCCGACGUGCGGCCAGACUUUGACGAGAUUGUGAAGACGCUCGAAGGCAUUGCUUCCAGCGCGUCUCUUAGAUUCAGCACGUCGCUGGCAUUCAGGUGGGAUGAGGUUAAGUGGGAUGAGGAUCAGGCAGACCCAACGGCAGCACAACACCAGCAGCAGCAGCAGGAGGAGGAGGUGGAGGAGGAGGAGGAGGAGGAGGGGGGGGGGGGAACAGGAGGAGCAGGAGGAGGAGGAGGGGGAGGAGGAGGGGGAGGAGGGAGGGGAGGGGACGGCAGCAGCAGUCACGGCGUGGCGUCGCGGCACGGGCCGCGGGAAGAGCAGCCAGCAGAGGGACAGUGGACUAAGAUUCAGGCGCCCGUAGCUCCGGAGAAAUCUACGGGGAUACAGAGGGUGAGACCAAAGCAGCAGCAGCAGCAGCAGCAGCAGCAGCAGCAGCAGGAGGAGGAGGAGGAGGAGGAGAAGAAGUUGCAGGUGCAGCAGUGGCGGGAGGAAUGGCUCAAGGCAGGAUAUAACCUGCUGUGCAGCCACAUGUGCCAACGGUGCACCAUGCAACCACAAUAA